CCAUUUCGAAGUCUGAAUAUUAUUUUGGUCUCUUCCUCUUCUUUGCUCUAUAUUAAAGGAUCUAGAAACCCCUUCACAACAAUGAGAUAGAGAGAGAGAGAAAGAUACAAGUCUCUCCUCAAGAUCACUAUUACCACAAAAGAGAAGAAUUCAAGAAGACUGCAUGGAUCUAGAAGAUUGGGAGUUACUCCCCAAGAAUCUCUACAAGGGUCUCGAUCUCGAUCAAGACGAGGAUCAUGAGGCAGCGAUGAGGAUCAUCAGAAACACCGAAAAAAACUUCGACAUGGAUUACUUCAUCUGCCCGACACACGAUCCUGUCGGAAAAACAGAGUUCCGUAGAAGACCAAGCGUGGUCCCCACACAGCUCCUCCAAGUUCCCAUAAAUUGGGAACCUGUAUACACCGUGGACGACACAGACCACAAGAAGAGCCCGGAACCGGAACUGUUGACGGAAUCUAUUCCGUCGCCGAGAAUAACCUUCAAGACCGCGAAGGAAAAUGAAUUUGUCGACAUGAAAAUAGACUUGCCAGCGAGGUUCACGAGUCCUCUGCCUCAGAAAGAUGACAAACACUCCAUCUCAGCAAGAGUGUUAGCAGGAGAGUACUAUGGUGAGAUGGGAACAGAGGUUGAGGAAGGUGGUGACUUGAGGAGCAAGAAAGAGGUUGAUUGUGAUGAAGAGAACACGCGUGGUGAAAAAAUGAAUCUGUGGAAGAUGGGUCUUCAUGGAAUUGGGGCUAUAUGCUCAUUUGGUGUCGCUACUGCUGCUGCCACCUUCUAUGUCUUCUUCCUUGGACGCAACAAUAGCAUACGAGGUUGUCGGAACAAGAACCAGACCCUCAGGUUCCAGAUCUACUCUGAUGAUAAUAAGCGAAUGAAGGAAGUAGUGAAGCGUGCAACCAAACUAAAUGAAGCAAUCUCUAUGCUGAAAGAUCUUCCAGUGGCCAGAGCACGGAUAUCUUUCGGAGGACACUAUGAUGAACUUUGAAAUCAUAGCCAUUACACCCGUUCAUUGAUACAGCAGAGCCAAAUGUCUAUUGUGUUAUUACCAUGGGCUUUACAGCAUAUAAACACUAUGAAUUUAGGAAAUUCAAUAUUGUAUGAUGUUUGUAAAAUUUACAUUAUUUGUCUGAAUACUUUUAAUUAUAUGAACAUUCAUAUGAUUCUACACUUA